AUGCAACGUCUCCCUCGCGAUGUAGGGCCAGAAAGCUGUGUAGAUCUUUCUAUCAACUCCUCCACUUCCUUCUUCUCCCCUCCCUCUUAUAGAGAGAGAAAGAAUGGCUUAUGUGUCUAUGAGUCUUUGACUUCAGUUUACACCACCCCCACCGCACCCCACCCCACAACUCGUACAUCUCAAUUCUUGAAGUACUGGUCAGCCAUGAAUAAUCAAGAUGAGAGCAAGGAUGAACACGAACACGACAUGGUCAUGCCCGGUUUUCGCUUCCAUCCCACCGAGGAAGAACUAGUUGAAUUCUAUCUUCGCCGUAAGGUAGAGGGCAAGCGUUUCAAUGUAGAACUCAUCACUUUUCUAGACCUUUACCGCUAUGACCCAUGGGAACUUCCUGCCUUGGCAGCUAUAGGGGAAAAGGAAUGGUAUUUUUAUGUUCCAAGAGAUAAAAAGUAUCGGAAUGGAGAUCGGCCUAAUCGUGUGACAACUUCUGGUUAUUGGAAGGCUACCGGGGCUGAUAGGAUGAUCCGAAGUGAAAAUUUUCGAUCUAUUGGACUGAAGAAAACCCUUGUUUUCUACUCCGGGAAAGCUCCAAAAGGAAUUCGUACUAGUUGGAUCAUGAAUGAAUACCGUCUGCCACACCAUGAAACUGAACGCCUGCAAAAGGCUGAGAUUUCUCUUUGCCGUGUCUACAAAAGAGCCGGAGUCGAAGACCAUCCUUCUCUUCCACGGUCUCUUCCUACACGGGGUUCAUCGUCUAGAGGAACACAAUCGAUACUCAAGAAACAGCACGAAAUGACAAAUCACGCCAUGGAAAGGUUCCAAGCAUAUGGAGUUUCGUCCCAACAAACAGAUGAAAAGAUGAGCGAAACCAGUGCAAGCAGUGGCACAGCUGAUAUUGGGACAUCUCUUGCUCUUUCAAAGCACAACUCUUACAACAUCAAUCCAUUAGUCCCCAUGUCCACUUCAAUUCCUACUCCAAAUUCUAUAGAAUUAGACAAUAGAAUGAUGCAGUUACACGGAUCAAAACAAACUUGUUCUUCUUCUUCUUUAGCCCCCAACUGCAGCACUUUAUUUGCCAGUUCAUCCCAUAAUGCAAUUGAUGAUCUCCAUAAACUAGUGAAUUACUCCCAACAAGCUUCAAUCAAUCCAGAACCCGAUCACCAGCAGUAUCAUAAUAACGUGCCUGAUCUUCUAUCUCAUUUCUCCACCUUGCAAUCGCAACAGCCACAGUCUCUUAACGUGAUUCCAGGCUCGUUUCAGGCCUCCUUGCCCGACAGAUUAUGGGAUUGGAAUGCUAUUCAAGAAGCGAACAAAGAUUACAACCCCUUCAAGUAA